AUGUUCUCUACAUGUGUUCUCUCUACAGGUGUUCUCUCUACAGGUGUUCUCUCUACAGGUGUUCUCUACACAGGUGUUCUCUACACAGGUGUUCUCUCUACGGGUGUUCUCUCUACAGGUGUUCUCUCUACAGGUGUUCUCUACACAGGUGUUCUCUACACAGGUGUUCUCUCUCUACAGGUGUUCUCUCGCUACAGGUGUUCUCUCUACAGGUGUUCUCUCUCUACAGGUGUUCUCUCUCUACAGGUUUUCUCUACAGGUGUUCUCUCUACAGGUGUUCUCUCUACAGGUGUUCUCUCUCUACAGGUGUUCUCUCUACAGGUGUUCUCUCUCUACAGGUGUUUUCUCUACAGGUGUUCUCUCUCUACAGGUGUUCUCUCGCUACAGGUGUUCUCUCGCUACAGGUGUUCUCGCUACAGGUGUUCUCUCUACAGGUGUUCUCUCUCUACAGGUGGUUCUAUGAGGUUCUGGUCCUGCAGUGGGACUCGGACGUGUUCUGGUUCCGGUUUAGAACCUGUCUGGGGAUCAGCUGGGGCAGGUGGACGGGUUCUAUCAGCUGGGGAACCUGGACGUUUACAGAACAUCAGAACUCCACGGGUUCUUCAGUCGCUCCAAAUAACCCAGAACUUCUAAAAAUUAUUUCAUGUUUCAUUCAUUUUUUAUUGUAUUUAUUUUCACUUUUAUUAACAAUUUUUAACAUUUAUAUGAUAGUUUAUUAUAUUUGUAAAUAUAAUAAAUAAUAUAUUUUUGUUCUUGUUUUUUCAGGAUAUUUAAUAGUUUCUUACAUUUUAUUAAUAUUAAUUUUUAUUAAUAUUAAUUUAAUUUAUUAAUUUUUAUGGAGAUAUUUAAUUCUCUUUUGCAUUUUAUUAAUAUUCUUAACGAAUUUAUUGUUAUAUUUCUCACUUUUCUAAUAAUGUUGAAUAUUUUGUUAAUAUUUGCUUGACUUUAUUAAUGCUUUAGGAUGAUUAAUUUUAUUAUUUAUUUUUGUAAUUUUUAUAUAAAAUUUUCUUUGGCAUUUAUUAAUAUAAUUUGAACUUUUUAAAAUUUUUGGAAUUAUUUUGUAGAUAUUUCUGGAUAUUUAUUUUUAAUUAAAUUUUACAUUAAUAUCUUUGAUAUUUUGUUAAUAUUUUUUAUUUUUGGAUUUUAUUUUUCUAUAUUUUAUUGAUAUUUUCUGAACAUUUUAUCAACGUUUUACUACUUUUUAAAAUAUAUUUUAUGUAUUCUGUAAUUUAUUCCAACCUUUUAUUCUACAGAAAAAUAAAGGUACAAAAAAUUCUCUGAUUAACUUUAAUAUAAAAACUUAUCUUCAAUUUUUUAACCAUUUUACUCUCUCUAAUGUAGAUAUUUUGAGACAUUUUAUUGGUUUACAGUCAUUAUUAACCCUCCUGUUGUCUUCAUUUAUGGGCACCAAAAAGUAUUGUUCCUUGUCUGAAAAAAUCCAAAAAUUCUGCCAAACAUUUCUUAAGUUUUUAAAAAUUUACAAAACCUUCAGGGAAAAAAAUCCUCAAAAUUCCUUAAAAGUUUCCCUUAAAAGUGUUAUUUAAAAAUAUUGCCGAAAUUUGGCAAGAAAAUUCUUAGAAAUAUUUUCAAGAAAUGAGUAAAAAUCUUCAGAACAAAAAAG